CUGCAGCGCGCUGCGAAAGUUUUCUCUGAAACCCUCCUCCUCCCCAGCUCCAAAUGUCCAGAUCUGCUACAUGGGGAUUAAAACUACUUCAAUCCUUCACUUGAUUGACUAUAAAUCCUCUCAUCCAUUACCUAACCACAAUCUUUGAGAUCAUGGAGAGACACUAUAAGUCCCACAAUGACAUUAUAUCCGACCCCACAGUCUGACCCCAGAGCCUAAACACGUAUGUCCUGGCAAAUCCAUAGACUGUCUUUAUCCUGUUGAUGGAUUAGAUCGAUGCUCUGAUCCUAUGUCGGUGAGAACAACGUAGGUUUAUUCCACUCAACCAAUCAGAGAAUGAGAGAGAUCAGGAGCAGCCAGUUAAUGCCUCUGUAUACGCGUUCAUGUGUGAGUUUUGUCUCAUACUGUCCUCCAUUCAAGCACAGCAGGCUAGACAGGAGGACAAAACCUGGACAUCUGAACCUUUGAAGAUUUUCCUAUAGACACUCAAUAAUCUCCCAGCAUGUUCUCACAAUAUCAAAUCUUCUCAUUGAUCUGCCUGUUGCUCCUGACUAUGCUGUUUCCAGCGGUCCAGUCGCGUCGGGGCGGGGGCUUUGGCCGUGGUGGGGGCAUCAGAAAUGGAGGAUGGGGUGGCUCCAAUCGUGGAGGCUGGGGUGGAGGGGCUGGCCAGUCCUACCAUGCUCCGCCCGUCCAUACUGGAGGUUCCUCUGGAUCUAGUGCUGGGAGGGUAGCAGGGGCCGCUGCAGCUGGAGCUCUGGGAGGCAUGCUGAUCGGCCAAGGCUUGAGCUCUAUGGCCCGACCUGGAUACGGGUACGGAGGAUACGGAGGAUAUGGACACGGUUAUGGGCAUGGCUACCCCAGGUAUGGAGCAGGACAUGGUGGUGGGUAUUCAGGAGAUCUCGCUGCAGGGGAGUUCCAAAAUGAGACCGAUAUGGAAUAUUACAUGGGAGCGGCGUCUGCUGGACCCAUUUACAGUUGUGUGACAGUACUGGGAUCUGUGAUGACAUUCUUACUUGGGCAAUAUCUGUCAUAGGGGCGCUUUGGCACAGGGCUUUGAACCUGCUCUUACCUGGGCACUUCUAUCUUUUAUAUCAAUAGAAAAUGGACCUAAAUAAAUAUGUCUGACAUAUGCAGUAUUCAAUUAUGGGCUAAAUGUAAUUAAACAGCACAAUUAGAAGUAAUUUCCUAGGGUUUUCAUUUUACUCUGUAUAUGAUCUCUCCCCUAAACUUUUCUGUAAAAUCGACAGCACAAAAACAGGGUUACAUUUACAUUUGUUUGAUUGGCAAACAAGGCUUAUGGUAAAAUCACAUUAAACUAUAAUGAGCGUUGAGUUGAGGACAAAUCUUGUUAAGCACCUCAGAUGCUCUCUACCUCACUUUACCCGGGCUCUUUAACAAGCACCUGAAUCUCAUAAGAUCUCACUGCUUUUGCUUUUACAACCUCUUUAGAUGUGUUAAUCAGAAUGCAUGUUUAUUUUUGUACUGCUAGAAUAAUUAAAUAUUCUUCCAUAAUUACUUGAUUUUGUCAUUUUCAAUUCCAUGUCAGUAAUACUGUCUAUUGUCUGUGCAUGCAACAGUAGUAAACAAGGCAGGCAAAGUCUAACUGGCAGUAAAUUCUAAAAUAUAAACAGGGAUGGGAGGGUUACUUUUGAAAUGUAUUCCACUACAGAUUACAGAAUACAUGCUGUAAAAUGUAAUUUGUAACGUAUUUCGUUUGAUUACUCAAGGUCAGUAACAUAUUCUAAAUACUUUGGAUUAUUUCUUCAGCACUGGUAGAUUUUUUCACUUGUUUUGACUAUAAAAACUCUGCCAGUACAGUAAGACAAAAUAUACAUGUUAAAAUACAUUCUCUGAAAAACCAAAAUAUCUUAUGCAGUGUUGUUUCUAAAACAAGAUAAAUCAAAUUGAUCUUGUUUGAUGAAUUUUUAGAUAUUUGUUUACAGGAAAACAAUACAAAAAUUAUUAUCAAGAAUAUGAUUUUUGCCCUAAUAUCAAAGGUCUUACUAGAAAAAAAGAAAUUAUGAUCCAACGUGAAUUUUCUUGUUAAAAAAAUAUGAUCGUGCCUGGUAACAUGUGCAUGUAAAAUGGCUAGAAAUAGCAUUUUAGCUUAGCGUAAAGCUGACAAUUUACACAAGGUUUAUUUCUAUUUCUUCUGCUCCAAACUUACUUCAAACUUACUUCUCUGUCUGCUCGUAUGAAUGUAACACAUCAUAAGAAAUUGUUUCACCGCUGUUCAAAUGCACUUUGGAUCGCAUCAUUUAUAUGUAUAACUGUUUUCCAUCUGU